UCUCAUUGUGUUCUGACUUAUGAAUAAAAUCGGUCAAGCCCACGACUAAAACGCGCUUAACGAAAAUAUUCAGCAGAAUGACAUGGCUGUUACUGUGGACUUUUAUACUUCAAUAUGUAUUAAUAAUAAAUGCCACGAGUAUCUUUUCCGUUGUGGGACCCGACACCAUACGAUCCAACACCAAUUAUGAGGUUUCCGUUACCCUGCAUGAGUCUGAUAGACCUUGUCAAAUAAAGGUCAGCGUAGACGGACCCUGGGCCAAAACCUAUCAGAUCAGUAUUCAGCCCUUGUCCACCUACUUGCUGUCCUUUGAUCUCCCCAAACUACCAAGUGGUGAUUACCAGCUUGUGGCUGAGGGAGUCGAGGGCAUCGUGUUCAGGAAGUCCACCAAGCUCACCCUCUCCGAGGACAAGGCCUCGAUCUACAUCCAGACGGACAAGGCCACCUAUAAGCCGGGCGACCUCCUACAGUUCAGAGUCCUCUUCCUGGACAGGGAUACGAAGCCCGCCAGGAUCGACAAGCCCAUUACGAUCGAGAUCCACGACGGGGACAAGAACCGCAUCAAGCUGUGGAAGGAGGUCAAGCCGACCAAAGGUGUUUUCUCCGGAGAGCUCCAACUGUCCGACCGCCCCGUGCUGGGAAACUGGACGAUCGCAGUUGCAGUGCAGGGCGAGGGCAAGGAGACCAAGGUCAUCAAGGUGGACAAGUACGUGCUGCCGAAAUUCGGGGUCAGGAUCAGGACUUCCGGGGACGUGGUGGCCGCCAAUGGGCUUAUCGAGGCUACCAUUUUUGCCAAGUACUCCUUCGGCAAGCCGGUAAAGGGCACUGUUACCGUCUCGAUCGAGGGCGGUUGGAGUGAGAGGACUGUCGCCAUCGACGGGAUGGUCAACGUGGAGCUCCCGUUUGACUCCACCGAGAAGUCGCCGCUGAAAGUUGUGGCCACCGUGACCGAGGAGCUCACGGACCUCAAGCAGAACAGCUCCGCCUAUGUGACUCUUCAUCAGAAUCGCUACAAACUUCUGCCCGACGGUUGGCCGCAGAACUUUAGGCCAGGACAGAACCUUUUCUUCCGCGUUGCCGUCUCAAAUGUGGACGGUUCGCGGGUCAUGGACUCGAAGAGCAACGUUAGAUUUCACUUUGAUUGCUGUGGAGUUACAAGAAACACCGAGAAUCCCAUAGCUAAAAGUGUGGCCAUCACGAGAAUGGUAUUCCCCGAUACUCUGUGCGGAAAAUGCCAGGUAACUGCCACAUUUGGAGGAGCACCGGCCAUAACCCAAUCUAUAACAAAGCUCGAAAAGUCACUUAGGAUUGAGGUAAAUGAUAGGAAGCACAAAGAGGGACAGUUGGUUGAGGUGCAGGUUAUAUCCUCUGAAUACCUACCGCACUUUAUGUUUACGAUUGUCGCUCGGGGAAGGAUCGUCUUUAACAAGUACGUUCAAGUGGCUGGGGAAGUUCAAACCCAGAGCCUCACUUUCCGAUCCAAUUUCGAUUUGGUGCCCCAAGCCACGCUUUUUGUGCACUACGUUGUGAACGGGGUAAUGCGCUUCGACGAAAAAACCAUCGAAAUCGAGAAGGUCUUUGGAAAUUCAAUUGAAAUCGAAGUGCCUAAGAGUGCAGAGCCGGGCGAUUUUGUGAAUCUGGCAGUGAAAACCAAUCCCUAUUCCUUUGUAGGCCUCCUGGCAGUGGACCAGAGUGUCCUGUUUUUGAGCUCUGGUAACGACCUCAGCCACGAACACAUACUCAACGAUCUCGGCAAGUACGCGUCAACCAGCAUGGUGACCCUAACCAAUGCCAACAUAAGCUCCAAUCAAAACUGGGGUCCCUGUACCUCUGAUAGUGAAUCAUGCGGUGUUUUCAGUCGAUCGCUUUUCAAGGCUAGUUCUUCGAAUCAAGGAAGACCCCCAGCUCCUUCGCAGCCUGUGCAGAAGAGCAGUGCGCAAGGUUCACCUCCACCAAUUCGUCAGGAGUUCCCUGAAACCUGGCUGUUUAUGAACAUAACUGAAGUGGGUCAAAACGGAGUUGCAAUGGUGCAUAAGAAGGUCCCCGAUACCAUUACCUCCUGGGUAGUAACUGGCUUUUCCCUGAACCCCGAUUCGGGCAUUGCCACGACCAAGGGUCAACCUAAACUCCGUGUGUUCCGGCCAUUCUUCGUAUCCAUAAACCUGCCGUACUCCGUGAAGCGAGGCGAAGUUAUUUCUGUUCCAGUGGUGGUGUUCAACUACUUGGGUAAACCUGUGGAGGCGACGGUUACAAUGGACAACUCUGACGAGGAGUACGAAUUCUCCGAAGUCGUCAACGAGAACGAGGCGAAGGAGGUGCUGGAGAGGCAGAGGACCAAACGACUCUGGAUACCGGCCGACACCGGCAGGAGCCUCACGUUCAUGAUUCGCACCAAGAGGGUGGGACUGACCACACUGAAGAUCACCGCGUCUUGUCCUGUUGCCCAGGACACCAUUCACCAGAGGCUAAAGGUGGAGGCCAAUGGCGUGACCAAGUACGUCAACAAAGCCAUUUUAGUCAAAGUGAAUCGGUUGCAUCGCCGGAGUGUGGGACCCUUGGAGAAAACGCUGCAGGUGGAGCUUCCCACGGACAUUGUGCCAGGCUCCGAGGUCAUAGAGUUCGAAGUGGGUGGUGACCUUCAGGCACCCGUUAUCGAGCACCUGGACAAUCUGGUUAACUUGCCCAACGGCUGCGGUGAGCAGACAAUGAUCAACUUCGUGCCCAACAUCCUCGUGCUGCGAUACCUGCAGGUUACUCGUCGCAACGCCCCCAGCAUCGAAGCGCAGGCCAGGAAGUAUUUGGUCACUGGCUACCAGAGAGAGCUGACCUUCAGGAAAGGGGAUGGCUCCUUCAGUGUCUUCCAAUCCUCUGCAAGCAGCACUUGGCUGACCGCCUAUGUGAUCCGCUCCUUCCACAUGGCUGCCAACUUUACCUACAUCGAAUAUAAUGUCGUGACAUCUGGGCUAGACUUCCUUGCCUCCAAGCAACAAGGAAAUGGCGAGUUUCCCGAAAAUGGCGCCUUAUACAGUGAGAUUAAGAAUCCCCUGGCCUUCACCUCCUACGUCCUGCUAACCUUCUUUGAGAACACUGAGCUAAGGGCAAAAUACCAGCGUGUGAUUGAUAGGGGACUGCAAUUUGUGGUCAACAGGGUGGACCACUCAGACGACCAGUUCUCAAUGGCCAUCGCCGCCCUGGUCCUGGCCAUGGCCAGGCACCCCAAAGUCGAAUCCGUUCUGGCCCGGCUGGAGAGCAUGGCCCGGCGGAAGAACGACCUCAAGUGGUGGUCCAAAAGUGAACGCUCCGUUGCCAGCCACGACGUCGAGCUGACCUCCUAUGUGCUGCUCGCCAUGCUGGAGCACGGCGUGACGGACUCGCCCAUGCCCAUUGUCCAGUGGCUGGUUGCCCAGCGCAACAGCAACGGGGGCUUCGGCUCCACCCAUGACACGGUCGUGGGCCUGCAGGCCCUGACCAAUUUCGCACUGCAAGCCAUAAUGACCUCCGCAGAUAUGGACGUUGGCUACACCGUUUCGAAAAACGGAAGGCGGUCCAUCGUCAAGGUCACACCCGACAAGGCGCUGAAAGUGCAGACCCACGAGCUCCCAAGUACUACCCGAGAGGUCCACGUCUCGGCCACGGGCAGUGGGGUCUCCUUGGUCCAACUCUCGUCCCGCCACAACGUGGAAACCGAGGAGGCAAGGCCCAGUUUCAAGCUGGCGACCACGGUUAAGAAUUCGCCCAAAAACCGUCUCGAGCUCAAAAUUUGCUUCGAAUACACUCCCGUUGAGGCGAGUGACAUGGGACAGCCCUCCAACAUGGCAGUCAUGGAGGUCCAACUGCCCUCCGGCUACAUCGCCGAUGACGAAGACCUGGCCAACACCAAGUCCGCCGCCGCAGUGAAGAUCGCGGAGACGAAGAAGGACGACACCAUGGUGGUCGUCUACUUCGACAGCCUGAGGCCUGGUGACCCCAAAUGCGUGAUGGUGACAGCAACUCGCGUUCACGCGGUGGCCAUGCAUAGGCCGUCCUACGUCGUCCUCUACGAUUACUACGUCCUGGAGCGCCGGGCUACCCAGUUCUACUCGGUUAGCACCUCCCUAUGCGAAAUCUGCCAGGAAGCCGACUGCGGCAGUGGCUGCUGAGAGGUUCAAUGAGGAAUCAGACUUCAAAUGAUAAUCAACUCUCUUUUUUAAAAUAAAUACAAUUUUAUAUUAAAUACA